GCACAUAACGUCAGUGUUCACGAACGACCUUGUUUUUGUUGAUAUUUAAUCUUAGUGCGGCUGCGCGAGGGUCAAUGUUUUCAUCGUUGCUGACGCGACUCUCAAAACGGGAAAAAACGGGUGUUAAUAUUGCGGAGAGGGGAGCCUCUCAUCUAGGCUCCUCUGUCGAGACCGAAUCGAUAACCAAGAAACGCCGUGCCGAUACUUUCUGCGGAACCCAGAGGCUAGCUGACGUUAGCAAGUAGCGUUAACCCUAGCUAGUGUCUAACCUAACCCUUUAUGUGAUCGCUCUCGUUUGCCACCGGACGAGGGCCAAGAAAAACAUAGUUAAUCGCCAUUAUAUGAUCCAGUUUACAGUGUCACUAUUACCCUCCAUGUGGGUGAGGGAAUUGUGUGUGUCAGACUAUGGCGAGAAAAACAGUUAGCAGGAAAAGGAAAGCAGGGGAGCCCAAAGACCAACAACAGUUGGGCUGGUGUCAGUCUGCCCCCAAGCGGAGUCGCGUUUCUUCAUCUUCGCGCCAUGCCCAUCAGUGGUGGGGCAGCCGGAGCUCGGUGGUGUGUGCCCUUCGCGGGCGUGAAUUUCGGCCACAGCAGCAACAUGAGUUGCGGCUUCAGCGGAGCCUCCGGGGGUUUGCCGCUGGCCGGCUCCCAGGCAUCCUCAAGGAGAGGGAGUUCUCUCUGAGCCGCCUCAACAAGGUGUUUGCCUCGCAGUGGCUCAACCACCGCCAGGUGGUGUGUGGGACCAAGUGUAACACGCUCUUUGUAGCGGAUGUCCUUACCGGGCAGAUUACCCGUAUUCCAAUGCUGAAAGACCGGGAGUGUCCCAGCGGAGGCUCCGGGGUAGUGGGCGCUGGCGCCGCCGUCGGCAGCCACCUACUUCCAACUGCGGGCUCUCGGUCCAGGCUUGACCAACAGGGCUGUGGUAUUCACGCCAUUGAGCUGAACCCCUCGAGGACACUCCUCGCCACAGGAGGGGACAACCCUAACAGCCUGGCCGUCUACCGCCUGCCCACAUUGGACCCAGUUUGUGUCGGAGAUGAUGGCCACAAUGACUGGAUUUUCUCAAUAGCAUGGAUAAGUGACAGCAUGGCUGUUUCUGGUUCCAGGGAUGGCUCCAUGGGCCUGUGGGAGGUGACUGAGGACGUGCUUGGCCAGGCUGAGAGGAGUCAGGAAGCGGUGCCCUGCUACUCCCACAUCUCCCACAGGGCACUCAAGGACAUCCCCAAGGAGUACACAAACCCGUACAACUGUAAGGUCCGAGCGCUGGCCUUCAACAAUAACCACAAGGAGUUAGGCGCUGUAUCUUUGGACGGCUACUUUCACCUCUGGAAGGCUGAGCAUAACCUGUGCAAGCUGCUGUCCACCAAGCUCCCCCACUGCAAGGAGAACGUGUGUCUGGCGUACGGACAGGACUGGUCAGUGUAUGCAGUCGGCUCACAGGCUCACGUCUCUUUCCUGGAUCCUCGACAGCCAACACAGAGCAUCAAGUCUGUCAACUCCAGGGAGAGGGGAAGUGGGAUUCGAUCUGUGAGUUUCUACGAACACAUAGUGACGGUGGGCACCGGCCAAGGCUCCCUCCUCUUCUACGACAUACGGGCCCAGAGAUUCCUGGAAGACCCCCUGAACCCGGCCGCGGGGUACCGGCAGCGCCCAGGAGAAGGAACCCUCAAGCUCACCACAGGGAAGGGCUGGCUGAAUCAUGAUGAAACGUGGAGGAGCUACUUCUCGGACAUCCACUCGUUCCCCAACGCCGUCUACACCCACUGCUAUGACGACUCCGGCACCAAGCUGUUUGUGGCCGGUGGUCCGCUCUGCUCCGGCUUGCAUGGGAACUACGCAGGGCUCUGGAGCUAGAAACUGCUCUCCCUGUCCCUGUCUCAUCCCUUGGUCCUCCUGUGGCUCUUUGACUUCUCAUUCAGACCUUCCCUCGCUCCCCCCCCCUCCUCCUCCUGCAGCUUGGACCCUUGACCCUCCGCGGUUUCACCUCCCCUAUUUAAUCUUUCCCGUUUGGCCUUUUUAUCACACGUAGACUCAGGAGCACAAUCCUACUCCCUAAUGUAUGAUGGCGUUCUCUUUUUUUUUUUUCUCCCAAUUGCGCUAUAGCAUGGUGAACCUUGUUUUCUGGAUCCACCAUUUGCAAGGCCACACUUCUCCAUCAAGUCCUUGAAAUUCCUACUGUUUAGGUGCUUUUUCUUUUCAUUGUACAGGUGUAAAGACAAUUUAACCAGUGAAUUCUGAAGAGCUGCGGGGUCACCUCUGAGAAACACACAAGAGAGUUGCGAAUAAAAAUACGAAGAAUAAAGAUAUAUAUAUAAGUAUAUAUAUCUAUAUAUAUCUCUAUACGUUUUUCACCAUUCACUACCUUGAUAAAAGAAUUGUAGAAACUGGUCUACAUCAAAAAAGAAUCAGUGUUCAAGG